AUGGUGUCCAUGACCUGCCUGAUGAUGUUCCUGGCUAUGUUAAUGAUGUUGUACAUGAUGGUGUCCAUGACGCUGCUCCUGAUGAUGUUCCUGGCUAUGUUAAUGAUGUUGUACAUAAUGGUGUCCAUGACGCUGCUCCUGAUGAUGUUCCUGGCUAUGUUAAUGAUGUUGUACAUGAUGGUAUCCAUGACGCUGCUCCUGAUGAUGUUCCUGGCUAUGUUAAUGAUGGUGUACAUGAUGGUGUCCAUGACGCUGCUCCUGAUGAUGUUCCUGGCUAUGUUAAUGAUGUUGUCCAUGAUGGUGUCCAUGACGCUGCUCCUGAUGAUGUUCCUGGAUAUGUUAAUGAUGUUGUACAUAAUGGUGUCCAUGACGCUGCUCCUGAUGAUGUUCCUGGCUAUGUUAAUGAUGUUGUACAUGAUGGUGUCCAUGACGCUGCUCCUGAUGAUGUUCCUGGCUAUGUUAAUGAUGGUGUCCAUGAUGGUGUCCAUGACGCUGCACCUGAUUAUGUUCCUGGCUAUGUUAAUGAUGUGUACAUAA